AUGGUGUUGGAAAGUACAGUAAUUUGUGUUGAUAACAGUGAUUUUAUGAGAAAUGGAGAUUUUGUACCAACAAGGAUGCAAGCACAACAAGAUGCUGUCAAUUUAGUUUGUUUAUCAAAGACAAGAUCAAACCCUGAAAAUAAUGUUGGACUUUUACAGAUGUCAAAGACUGAAGUACUUGUGACACCCACUACUGAUGUGGGAAGAAUACUUGCCAGACUUCAUGAGGUUGGACCAAAGGGCAAUAUAUCCUUUGUAACAUCCGUUCGAGUAGCUCAUCUGGCAUUAAAACACAGACAAGGAAGAAAUCACAGACCCAGAAUUGUCGUUUUUGUUGGUAGUCCCAUUGAUGAAGAUGAGAAAGAUAUUGUGAAGAUGGCUAAGAAACUGAAGAAAGAAAAAGUCAAUGUUGAUGUGAUAAAUUUUGGAGAAGAGGUUGUCAAUACUGAUAAAUUAACAAGUUUUGUAAAUGCUAUUAAUGGUAAAGAAGGAUCAAGUUCACAUCUAGUGACUGUCCCACCAGGACCUAUGUUAUCUGAUGCCCUGUUGAGUUCUCCCGUAAUAGUUGGUGAAGAUGGAGCAGGGGCUAGUAUUGGUGCUGUAGGGUUUGAGUUUGGUGUUGACCCUAAUGAAGAUCCUGAAUUAGCUUUGGCGCUACGUGUGUCUAUGGAUGAACAGAGAGCUAGACAAGAAAAGGAAGCAAGAGAAACAGUACAGGCUUCAAUUGCUGAUACUCCAGCUGAGACUGGCCCAGUUACUGGUGAUGAGGCUCUGUUGGAGAAUGCUAUAGCUAUGUCAAUGAAUGAAGAUACUCCGGCUGCUGAUUCCCCUGAUUUACAAACUAUGACUGAAGAAGAACAGAUCGCUUUUGCUAUGAGACUCUCUAUGGAUCCAGGUGAGCAUGCUUUUGAGAUUAAGGAAUUCAUGUAUUUGUCAGAGGAUGAUGACUACUCAGAAGUAAUGAAUGAUCCAGAUUUCUUACAAAAUGUUUUAGAAAAUUUACCCGGUGUAGAUCCCAAUAGUGAAGCCAUUCAAAAUGCCAUGAGUUCCCUGACGCAGAAAGAUGGAAGUAAAAAGGAAGAUAAGAAGGAUGGAAAGAAGUGA